GGCACGGGUGGGGGACACGGGCAGAGGGUGCUGGUGGCCGGUGCCCUCCUCUGACCGCUGUCUCCCUUCUCUCGGCAGCACGCGGGGCGGCGGCGCGGCCGGCCGGGACGCCCGGACCAUGCUGGCGUGCCUGCAGCGGACCCAGAACCCCCCAGGCCAGCACCUCGCCUGCCCCAACAAGGCGCUGGAGCCGCGCAAGUGCGAGACAGCGGCACCCAUGCAUUCCCCGCGUUACCCAAGCCCCGCCGAGCUGGACGCCUAUGCACAGAAGGUGGCCAACAGCCCGCUGACCAUCAAGAUCUUCCCCACCAACAUCAGGGUCCCACAGCACAAGCACCUUAACCGAACGGUCAACGGCUACGACACCACGGGGCAGCGCUACAGCCCCUACCCCGUGCACGCCAGCGGCUACCAGGGCCUCCUGGCCAUCGUCAAAGCCUCCGGCAAAAGCGUGGUGAAGAACGCGGAGGGGAAGCGGACUAAGCUGUCGCCCGCCCAGGCCGGCGUCGCUCCCUACCCAGCCUCAAGCACUUUAGCUCCAGGCCCUUCCUGCGCCGGGCAGCUGAGCUACCACGGCAGCCAGAAGCAGCUGGAGGGCCCCGUGCCCCCCAACGUGACGGUGGCGGCCUCGGCGCUGCCGCUGGCGGGCAGGAGCCUGGCACUGCCUCCCUCCAACCUGCCCUCCAUCCAGAGCAUCAUCUACCAGCUCAACCAGCAGUGCCAGGCCCAGGGCUCCCAGCCGGCCUGCCCGGCCCUGGCGGGCGCCCACCCCAGCCCGGCCAAGCACGGCGCCUUCCCCGCCGUGGCCUCGGCCGGGGCCUACGCCGGCGCCGUGCUGCCGGACUGCCGCAAGGGAGCCGAGCUGGCGCUGGGCUCCAACCCGGCCCUGGCGCCCAAGGCGGGCCUUUACCCCGACGGCGUGGACUACCUGCUCUGGCAGCAGAAGCAGCAGCAGCACCUGCGAAUGUACAGCGGGGGCGGCAGCGGCGGCGGGGGGGCCCUCAGCAAGUCCCCCGAGGCUUGCGCGGGCGCCUCGCGCCCCUACGGGCCGGGGGCAACGGCGGGCGAGAAGGUGAGCUCGUCGCCCUUGAACUGCAUGCACGGCAACUUCUCGGUGGGGCAGUACUUCGCGCCGCCCUGGAACAGCGUCCUGGUGACCCCCAACAGCGACUGUUACAACCCGCCCGAGCUGGGCCCCGCGCCCCGCGAGCUCGGCGUGCUGCCGGCCGAGGGGCUGCCCAGCAAGACGCUCUGCAACACCUCCAUCCUCAGCAGCAGCCUCCAGUCGCUGGAGUAUCUCAUCAACGACAUCCACCCGCCCUGCAUCAAGGAGCAGAUGCUGGGCAAGGGCUACGAGACCGUGUCUGUGCCAAGGCUCUUGGACCACCAGCACGCUCACAUCCGCCUGCCCGUCUACAGAUAAGGAGCGGCUGCUGCUCUUCCCAAAGCCAGGGCGACGGCCGGGACGGCGGCCGGGGGCCUCCGGCACCGCGAGGCUGCGAGACCGUGGAGGCCAGGGCGGGGUGAUGGGGGGGGGACGGGGUUGGCUACCGAAAGGGGUCCCGGCGCCCCGCAGAUACUGGCAUUUAACCGGGGUCGUCAAACUGGAUGCACCCGAAACCCGCUGGAAGCCAAGGAUGAAGGAAUGCUUGUCUAUAUAGCUCAGAAAUCAUUUUAUUUCCACGAAUGUGAACAGGGAAUCGCUACGAGUUGCUGCUAUCCAGGGAGAGGAGGCUCCGCUCUGUGCACGGGCGUACGCGCGUGCCCGGCCGGAUCCGCGCGGCGGCCGGCCCCGGGGCUGCGCCGCAGGCAGGGUCCCCGCCCGCGAGCGCCCGCGCUCACCUUUAGUUGAAGUCCAUAACUUGCACUGCUUUGAUUAAAGCUAAUAACUGGG